ACAACCUUCAUCAUCAACGUAUUGCAAUACGCUCCAGCACAGUCAAUCGUUUUCCGGUGGCAAAAAAGCGGCUGCCAUCGCCAAUGAGAGCCACGGAAAUAUCUUUACACGGCGGCAGAGCGACGUCGUGCAUUAGCACCAACUAUUACCACCAGAGUCAUACUUUUCGUCAUGCUGUCCCAAGCCUUUCUUUCUACUCGGUUCACUCGCAGAGAGAUCAGAGCUGCUUCAGACUAGGAGCUUCGCACACUGAUGAGCGCAAAUUCGAAUUGUCAACCCAGCGUCAUUGUCGCGUCCGGGAAUAACUCCUCGCAACCACCUCGGAAUCGGGAAACUUCAAACACCGACAACACCGACCUUUUCGAAGAUGAUGAUUUCGACUUCUCGUCAGGUGACGACAGGAGUGAUGGGGACCAUGGUCGUGGUCUCCUGGCUGCGAAGCAACUUCAGCUGCAUCGGCAACUUUCGAUAGCGACGAACAUUCGAGCUGGCACCGCACUUCCACAGAUUGAUGACACCGAGCAAGCUGAAGCCGCGAAAGAGAAGCCAAUAUCAUGGCGCUCACUACCCCGCAAGGAUCAGCUCUUCGUGAUUACUUUGGCACGCCUCUCCGAGCCAUUGACGCAGACUUCGCUUGGGUCCUACCUCUUCUACCAACUCCAGUCGUUCGACAAGACACUGCCUGAUGCCACGAUCUCCUACCAAGCGGGUAUACUCCAAGCCGCCUUCCCAUUCGCGCAGUUCCUGACUGCCAUGUUUUGGGGUCGUGUCGCAGACUCCGAGUAUGGCGGGCGAAAACGAGUCGUCUACAUCGGCGUGCUAGGAACCAUGUGCAGCAUCAUUGGCUUCGGCUUUUCGCAGAGCUUUCCUAUGGCGGUAGCGUUUCGGUGUCUGGGAGGUGUGCUGAACGGCAAUGUUGGAGUUAUGAGGACGAUGAUUAGCGAGAUCAUUAAGGAGAAGAAGUACCAGAGCAGAGCCUUUCUGAUCCUGCCCAUGACGUUCAACAUUGGUGUCAUUAUUGGACCAAUACUUGGUGGAGUUCUGGCAGACCCAGUUGGCAGCUAUCCCUCCUGGUUUGGACCCGGCUCACUCAUCGGCGGUAAGAGUGGUGUCUACUGGAUGAAGCGUUGGCCAUAUGCUCUGCCAAACAUCGUGAGCGCGUGCUUCCUUCUCUUUUCGGCAUUGGCUGUUAUCUUCUUCCUGGAAGAAACAAAUGAGCUUUGCAAGGACAAGCCAGACCCUGGCUUAUGCAUAGGCAGGAUGAUUCGCCGCUACGUCUUUCGCCAACAUAUCGCAACCGAGUCGGGUUACUCUGCAGUUCCUACCGACGACUUCGGUGCUUCCAAUAGUCUCGAACUCCAGCAAACGCCCACAUCAGCCCAUCCAGCUACUCCCGCAUCCAGCGACAAGACCAACAAGGUACUGCGUCAAAAGCUACCCUUCCGCCGCAUCUGGACACGGAACCUCAUCCUCACCUUACUCGCCCACGGCCUUAUGGCCAUGCAUGUGGGAGGCUUCAACUCGCUCUGGUUCAUCUAUCUCUCAACACCACGCUUCGACCCUGCAAACCCACACCCUCCUGGCUACAAACCACACGGCUUCAUUCACUUCACCGGCGGUCUAGCGUUACCACCAGCGCGCAUAGGAGUCGCAUUGGCUAUCCUGGGAGGCAUCGGCAUCACACUGCAGCUUUUCUUGUACCCGAAGCUCUCGCAUCGACUCGGCACAGCGAAGAGCUAUCGCAUCUUCCUUGCGCUGUUUCCCGUUACCUAUGCGCUCGCACCGUUCCUGAGCCGUGUCCUGAGCCGGAGUAAGCCGCCAGCUGGUGUCAGUGGGCCCUUUGUCUGGAUGGCCAUGAUCGGAGUUCUCUUCAUCCAAGUCCUAGCCCGGACCUUCACUCUGCCCUGCACGACCAUACUGGUCAAUAAUGUUAGUCCACACCCUUCCGUCCUGGGCACUGUGCAUGGUAUCGGACAGUCGGUCUCUAGUCUUACAAGGACCAUUGGGCCCAUCAUGUUCUCGUGGGUCUUUGGCAGAGGUUUGAAUGUGGGCAUUGUCGGCCUUGGUUGGUGGCUUAUGGCGGCUGUUGCUACUGUUGGUUGCAUCGCAGCGCAGUGGGUAAGAGAAGGUGAUGGUCACGAGAUUUUGCUUGAGGGCGAGGUUAGGGGGAAGGAUGGGGAAGUGCGGAGAGUCGACUGAAUGUACUCCAGCAAAUGCGACGCGACAUCGCUCUCAACAUGCAUCCCUGGGCGGUCUUGUCGUAUUUCUUGAAGAUUGUCACAAGCUGUUGGCUUGUAUGGACUUGACGACAGUACCGCGGACAAUUCAGGUUCACGCAAGAUGCAGGUACACAAUUCUGCAUGUGACUACAAUUUGCGUCGAACCCACGUGUGCGCUAACGCUCAGAUUCAUACGCUGUGGCAUGCCGCGUAGGAUGCAGCCAAGCAAGCCAAGAACCGUUCGCUAUUCUUGACCUCACCACCAUGUGG